GGCAGUGAGGGUGUGGCUUUCAAACCUAUCAUGUUGCGCCUGAUCUUCGUACUACCAAGCCUCAUCGGGUUCUAGGGUGAACGGCUCCAUUACCCCUGGCAUCAGCUCUCUUGGAGAGCUCUGCAGGAUCAAGAGGAGGAAGUGUAAGCUGGAAGAUAUGGAAAUUCCAGUUCUGGGAAUACUGCUCUGCUUUGUUCUAGACAAAAGUGGAGGCAAAAGGCAAGGGCCAAAACACAUAUCACUCGCCAUCAUCCGAACUAGUCUCAGACUUGUCAAUUUUUCUUUCUCCAAACGCGUUCUGGCUUUCGGCUCAUGUAUCUUCGAUGUGGUACUGGCAAUACAGCUAACUAUAAUCUUCUCUGAUCUCGAUUAUCUCGAAAUUACAUCAACUACCUCCAAAUAUCUCGCGGUCGAGUAUCGUGUCACCAAUACGGAUCUCCAAGUCAUCUUCGAAAUAUGCGGCAGACCUCGCAACGUUCUCCGGUGCCAAAGUCGAGCUUACAUGCUUGAGAUGUUCACGGAUUCAGAAAACACUUUACAUUUUCGACAGUAUCUCAAUCUGCAUCAAGUCACUUAGGAGAAUACUUUUGGGUUUCGGAAUAGAACCAAGGAACGAAACAGCUAUGCCAAACAUCAUACCCAACUUCCAUCAUCUGUCCUGAUGCAAACGUUUCGCAGAGAGUCUGAGCGACAUCUUCCAGUUUG